AGUUAUCCCCCCUUGGAAGUGAGGGUGUUGGCAGAAGAGCUGCCCUUUUGUCUGGAGUUUGGAACAGGUGCCUUCACUUGGUCACACGCCAGGCAGCAGCAACAGGUGAGGAGGUACCAUCCUUAUCUCCCUCUCACAGGUGAAGAAGCGGAGAUUCAAAGAGGCCAAGCCACCUGCCUGGGGUCACAAAGGAGGCAGAGCCAGGACUUACACCCAGAUCCAGAGAGGACAGGAAAAUGUCUGCCCGGGACGAAAAGACGGUCACCCGAAGGGCCAAGGUGGCUCCCGCCGAGAGGAUGAGCAAGUUCCUGAAGCACUUCACUGUCGUUGGGGAUGACUACCAUGCCUGGAACAUCAACUACAAGAAAUGGGAGAAUGAAGAAGAGGAGGAGGAGGAAGAGGAGGAGGAGGAGGAGCAGCAGCCGCCGCCGCCGCCAACACCAGCUUCAGAGGAAGAGGGCCGAGCUGCUGAGCCAACUGCGGCCCCUGUCUCCACACCCAGGCGCCCUCUAGACUUCAGGACCAGGGUGAAGAAGCUCUUCAGCUCCCACAGGUUUCAGGUCAUCAUCAUUUGCCUGGUUGUGCUGGAUGCCCUCCUGGUGCUGGCCGAGCUCAUCCUGGACCUGAAGAUCAUCCAGCCGGACAAGAACAACUACGCCGGCCGGGUGUUCCACUACAUAAGCAUUGCCAUCCUGACCUUCUUCAUGAUAGAGGUUUUCUUUAAAAUAUCUGUUUUCCGCUUCGAGUUCUUCCACCACAAGUUUGAAAUCCUGGAUUCUGUUGUCGUCGUGGUCUCAUUUGUCCUCGACAUCGUCGUCCUGUUCCAGGAGCAUGAGUUUGAGGCUCUUGGCCUGUUGAUUCUGCUCCGGCUGUGGCGGGUGGCCCGGAUCAUCAACGGAAUAAUUAUCUCAGUUAAGACACGUUCAGAACGGCAACUGUUGAGGUUAAAACAGAUAAAUAUGCAAUUGGCUGCCAAGAUCCAGCACCUUGAGUUCAGCUGCUCUGAGAAGGUAAGAAAGCACUUCUGGGGAAAUACCACCUGUUGGCAGUUGCCCACCUCAGCACAGUGCUUCUCACGCCAGGCCUUCGCUCCUGUGGGCCUUGAGCCAGGAGCACCCCUCCCCCUGGCCAAGCCUUCCCUGUCCUUGCCUCCUUCCCAGAGCUAGGCUGGGCGUCCCUCCUCUUGUCACUGGACCCCAUCUGACUGUGGCAGUCGCCUUCAGCGGACUGACUCCACAAGCUUCAUGGCCUGUCCUCGUACCAGGGCUCACGGAAUAAUGGUCAC